AUCCUGACAGGUGAGGACUGGAACUCAGUGAUGUAUGAUGGCAUCAUGGCCUACGGAGGGCCGUCCUUCCCAGGGAUGCUGGUCUGCAUCUACUUCAUCAUCCUCUUCAUCUGUGGAAACUGUAUCCUUUUAAAGAACAGGCCAGAUGUGUGGAGUUAGGGCCGUCCCACUGACGGAGGACAUGAUGCUUUAAGUGCAGACCGAUAAGCUGUCAAUCAUGUGACACAUCAGCUGAUAUUGAUAGCCUAACAGAGGUAUUCCAAUGAACUAUCUCAAAUGUUUCCGCAAUGACUAGUAGUAGCCUGGAAUCCAAACGAUAUGAGGUAAAACAGAGUGAUAUUCAGUUUGGAAUCCAGGCUACUCAAGUAUCAGGGUUGGUUGUUUGUUGUCAACUCAACUCAUCACCCAGGUGUAAUGUUCUCCACAACAAAGAACGUUCAUUGUGAGUGAUCAGCCGGCAAUUGACAGUUCAUUGUAAUCCCUACUGUUUGCUAGCUGAAGCCCUUUUCCUCUGUGUCCAUACUUCCUUGACUCCACCUCCCUGACCAGAUAUCCUCCUGAAUGUCUUCUUGGCCAUCGCUGUGGACAACCUGGCUGAUGCUGAGAGUCUGACGUCAGCACAGAAAGAGGAGGAGGAGGAGAAGGAGAGGAAGAAGCUGGCCAGGUAAUUUGUAUGAUGUGUGUGUCUGUGUCUGUCUGUCUGUGUGUGUGUGUGUGUGUGUGUGUGUGUGUGUGUGUGUGUGUGUGUGUGUACAUGCAUCCACAUCCAUUCAAGUGUGUAUGUCUGAGUGGUUUUUCUCCAUUCUGACACAGAAUGGCCAGUCCGGAGAAACGUCAUGUCAACGAAAAGCCCCCGAUGAUUGAGACAGAAGAGAAGAAGGAGGAGAAGAUUGAGCUGAAGUCCAUCACCUCAGACGGAGAGACAACCAAUGCCACCAAGGUAUGUCUCAGAUACACCUGUCCUCAUUAGAUACACCUGUCCUCGUUAGAUACACCUGUCCUCGUUAGAUACACAUGUCCUCGUUAGAUACACCUGUCCUCAUUACAUACACCUGUCCUCGUUAGAUACACCUGUCCUCAUUAGAUACACCUGUCCUCAUUACAUACACCUGUCCUCGUUAGUUACACCUGUCCUCAUUACAAACACCUGUCCUCGUUAGAAACACCUGUCCUCGUUAGACACAUCUGUCCUCAUUAGAUACACCUGUCCUCAUUACAUACACCUGUCCUCGUUAGACACAACUGUCCUCGUUAGAUACACCUGUCCUCGUUAGAUAAACCUGUACUCGUUAGACACACCUGUCCUCGUUAGAUACACCUGUCCUCGUUAGACCAACCUGUCCUCGUUAGAUACACCUGUACUCGUUAGACAUACCUGUCCUCGUUAGACACACCUGUCCUCAUUAGAUACACCUGUACUCGUUAGACACACCUGUCCUCGUUAGAUACACCUGUCCUCGUUAGACCAACCUGUCCUCGUUAGAUACACCUGUACUCGUUAGACAUACCUGUCCUCGUUAGACACACCUGUCCUCAUUAGAUACACCUGUACUCGUUAGACACACCUGUACUCGUUAGACACACCUGUCCUCGUUAGACACACCUGUCCUCGUUAGAAACACCUGUCCUCGUUAGACACACCUGUCCUCGUUAGAUACACCUGUCCUCGUUAGACACACCUGUCCUCGUUAGAGACACCUGUCCUCGUUAGACACACCUGUCCUCGUUAGAUACACCUGUCCUCCUGACAUACACACACCUGACUGGAGACACCAGUUCCUCCAAGUUGUAAUCUAAUAUUAUCUAGUCAAGUCAAUACUUCACAUUACAGAUUCAACAACAUCAAAUAUGUUUGGUUUAGUUAGCAUCAGUCUAAUUGUUGAUCUUGAUCGUCUGUGAAAACACCAGAUGAUGUGUCCACUCUCACUAAGUGGUGUGGAGUUCUGUCCAUAUUGAGUCUGAUGUGUAACUGUGUUACUGUGUAUUGACAGAUCAACAUUGAUGAGUACCAAGUAGAUGGGAAUGAAGAUAAGAAUCCGUAUCCAGCGAAUGAUUUUCCAGGUACCACUGUACCGGUGUUAAAAAGUAAGCCUGACCUUUCUAAUGGGUGAACCACACCAGACAACAAGCAGGAGCAGAGGACCAAAACACAACUCAAACCAUUAAGAGACUUCCCAACUCAAAUCAGGACAUUCAGAACAUUACGUUAUUCUGGUUCUCUCUCUCUUUUGUCUGCUGUGCUUUGCCUGUGAUGAUCUUAGAAUGUUGUGUGAGGGGGUGUGUUGAUGUUAGAAUGUUGUGUGAGGGGUGUGUUGAUGUUAGAAUGUUGUGUGAGGGGUGUAUUGAUGUUAGAAUGUUGUGUGAGGGGUGUAUGGGUGUGUUGGUGUUAGAAUGUUGUGUGAGGGGGUGUGGUUGAUGGUUAGAAUGUUGUGUGAGGGGUGUGUUGAUGUUAGAAUGUUGUGUGAGGGGGGGUGUGUUGAUGUUAGAAUGUUGUGUGAGGGGUGUGUUGAUGUUAGAAUGUUGUGUGAGGGGGUGUGUUGAUGUUAGAAUGUUGUGUGAGGGGUGUGUUGAUGUUAGAAUGUUGUGUGAGGGGUGGUUGUUGAUGUUAGAAUGUUGUGUGAGGGGUGUGUUGAUGUUAGAAUGUUGUGUGCGGGGUAUGUUGAUGUUAGAAUGUUGUGUGAGGGGUGGUGUUGAUGUUAGAUUUGGUGUGAGGGGUGUUGUUGAUGUUAGAAUGCGUGGUGAGGGGGUGUGUUGAUGUUAGAAUGUUGUGUGAGGGGUGUAUGUGUGUGUUGAUGUUAGAAUGUUGUGUGAGGGGGUGUGUGUGUUGAUGUUAGAAUGUUGUGGUGAGGGAGAAUGUGUGUGAGGGGGUAUGGGUGUGUUGAGUUAGAAUGUUGUGUGGAGGGGUGUGUUGAUGUUAGAAUAUUGUGUGGGGGGUGUGUUGAUGUAGAAUUAGAAUGUUGUGUGAGGGGGUGUUGAUGUUAGAAUUUUGUGGGAGGGGUGUGUUGAUGUUUAGACGGUGUGUGAUGGGGUUUGUAUUGUAAUGAGGUAGAUGUUGUGUGAGGGUUUGCUUUUGGAUGUUAGAAUGUGUUUGAGGGGUGUGUUGCUGGUUAGAAUGUUGUGUGAGGGGGUGUGUUGAUGUUAGAAUGUUGUGUGAGGGGUGUGUUGAUGUUAGAAUGUUGUGUGAGGGGUGUGUUGAUGUUAGAAUGCUGUGUGAGGGGUGUAUGGGUGUGUUGAUGUUAGUGUGUACUGUUGCCUUACUUCAAAUUAAUCCAGGUGUCCAGGUUUGUAGAUAAAGGAACACAUUUAAAUUCAUAUGGCUUUUAACUUUUUUUUACUGAUGAAUUGUGGGUAAUUGUUAUAGUAUGGGGUAACUACAUCAACAAACUGAAAUAACUAUACCAGCUUCGUUUAUAAAGGUUUACAGCUCAUUAAACUAUUUCUCAACAUAACUGACCAACUCCUUCAUCUCUAACACUUUCUCUCUCUCCUCUCCUCUCUUCCUUUACUCUUCUCCUCCUGUCCUCCCCCUUUCUCUCCUGCGUGGCCCUUGUAGGAGAGGAUGAGGAGGAGCCUGAGAUGCCGGUGGGCCCCCGGCCGCGGCCCCUGUCUGACAUUCAGCUGAAGGAGAAGGCUGUUCCCAUGCCUGAGGCCAGGGCCUUCUUCAUCUUCAGCAACACCAACAAGUAAGAGACAGCUCACCCACACACACACUGAGAGAAGCACGCAAAGGUGGAGACAAUGAGAGGGGUCCCUAAACACACGUCCCAUCUGUCUGAUGUCUGUCUCAUGUCUGAUGUCUGUCCCAUCUGUCUGAUGUCUGUCCCAUCUGUCUGAUGUCUGUCCCAUCUGUCUGAUGUCUGUCUCAUGUCUGAUGUCCCGUGUGGCUCACUUGGUAGAGCAUGGCACUUGCAACGCCAGGGUUGUGGGUUCGAUUCCCACGGGGGACCAGUAUGAAAAUGUAUGCACUCACUACUGUAAGUGGCUGUGGAUAAGAGCGUCUGCUAAAUGACUAAAAUGUCUGUCUGAUGCCUGUGGAAAUAUGAUUAGGGCUCUCUCUGUGUCCUAGUCUAUCUAGAUCUCAAAUCUAGCUAUCUAUUGAUCACUAUUUUUUCUCCCUCCCUCUCCCCAGGUUCAGGGUUCUGUGCCAUAAGAUGGUGAACCACAACAUCUUCACCAACCUCAUCCUGUUCUUCAUUCUACUGAGCAGUAUCUCUCUGGCUGCAGAGGACCCUGUCAGGAACGACUCCUUCAGGAACCAGGUGUGUGUUUAUGUCUUAUGCAUGCACACACACACACAGAGGCACGGACACACGUACACACACACACACACAGAGACACAGACACACACACACACACACACAGAGGCACGUACAUACGUACACACACACACACAGACACAGACACACACACACACACACACACACACAACACACACACAAAAGGACACAGAAAAACACACACACAAACAAACAACACACACACAGAGGGACGUACAAAGUGACAACACACACACAACAGACACCCAAAACACACAAACACCACACAAACACAGAGACACAGACACACAACACACAAAACACAAACAGAGGCAAGUACAUACGUAAAACACCACACACAACCAGACAACCCACACCCCACACACGACACAACACCAAAACACACACACACACACAGGCAUACAUAGUACACACACACACAGACACAACACACAAACACACACACACACACGGACACAGACACCACCAAAACACACACACACACACAAAGAGGCACGUACAUACGACACACCACACACACAAGGACAAGAAACACACACACACACCACACACACAGACCACACAGGAGGCACGUACCUACGUACACACCCACACACAGACACAGACCCACACAACCACACACACACACAAACACAGAGGCACGGACACACGUACACACCACACACACACAGAGACACAGACACAACACACACCAAACCCACCACACAACACACAGAGGCUACCGUACAUCGUACACACACAACACCAGACACAGGACACAGACACAACACACACCCACACACACAGAGACACAGACACACACACACACACACACACACCACAGAGGCAGUACAUACGUACACAACACACACAGACACAGACCACCACACACACCACACACACACCACACCACAACCACACAGAGACACAGAGCACACCACACACACAAAACACACCACAAGGAACGGACACACGGACACAGUCGUUGAUGCAAACACAGGCGCACGAAGGACAAGAAGAGAGCGAGCGCGGCUAUGUUCUAUCAUAAAAAAAAACAAAAAAAAAAAAAAAAAACACACAAACAAAAAAACAAACAAUGCCUGAGUUAAACAGCCUUUUUAGGGGUUGUGUGGGUGUAUGUGUAUUGGGGUGUGUGUGUGUGUGUGUGGUGUGGUGUGGUGUGUGUGUGUGGGUGUGUGUGUGUGUGUGUGUGUGUGUGUGUGUGUGUGUGGUGUGUUGUGGUGUGUGGGUGUGUGUGUGUGUGUGUGUGUGAGAGAGGGACACCCUAUUCCCUAUGUAGUGAAUACUUUUUAUUUUUUAACCGGGGGUUCCUGGCAAAAGUAGUUGCACUAUGUAGGGAAUAGGGUGCCUUUUUGGACACAGAUUGUGAUGAUAUGGAAGCCUCUAUUAGAUGCUGGAUGUGCGUGUGAUGUUGUUGUUCGUGUGUGGAUGUUGUAUUCUGUUGUUUGUAUGUAUUUGUAUUGUGUCUGACCCGUCGGCGUCGUAAGUAUCGUCGUUAUUUACGUCGAUCGUUUUAUAUGAUCACUUGGUUGUUUUGUCUCACAGAUUUUGUCUUUUUUGUUUUUGUGUUUAUGUAGGCUAUGCAGACCACGUCUUCACUGGGCUCUUCACCAUAGAGAUCAUUCUGAAGGUAACCUUUCAUUCCUUCUCAAUGUGAUCUCUACCCCACACAUAAUGGACACUGUGAGCUCUGGAAAGGUUGGUGAAGUGUUGUGUUUUAAGCUUUGGGAAAAACAUGACAUUUUGAGCAACAAACCAUGAGCAGACACUCACUUCAUCAUGGAUCACAAUCUUUAUCUCACGGUUCCUGUGAACAUGAUCUUCUCUUCCUGGUUCGUGACCUUGUAGAUGACAGCGUACGGGGCGUUCAUCCAUAAGGGUUCGUUCUGUCGGAACUACUUCAACAUUCUGGAUCUGGUGGUGGUCAGUGUGUCGCUCAUCUCCUCCGGAAUACAGUGAGUUGGCAAUACCAUUAGCGUUGGUCUUUUUACUGUAAUGGUUACAAAACUCCAACAAAAUGUCAAGAAAAUGUUGUAUUGUUUCUGUUUGUAGUGGAUAUAUGGUGUAGUAGUUCACCUCUCUCCAUAACCUUUUCUGUAUCUGUGUGUGUUCAGGUCCAGUGCCAUCAACGUGGUAAAGAUCCUUCGUGUUCUCAGAGUGCUUCGGCCCCUGAGGGCCAUCAACAGGGCCAAGGGCCUCAAAGUGAGUCUCACUGUUAUCCCCUCUCCUUCCUUCUCUCCUGCCUCUCCUAGACGAGAAGAGAAGAGACGUAGAAGCUACGAAGACGAGAAGAGACGAGACACCGAUGGUAGAAGAGCGACGCGCAAGAGCAGUGAGCGAAGCGCAUGCGAAGGGAAGCGCAUCGCCUCUCCUUGAAAGAUGGGAGAAGCGCCGUAAAGUAGGCGCCACUCUCCUCUUCCUGCUCAUCUAUACUCCUCUCUUCUCCUCUCCUCUCUUCUCCUCUCCUGAGAGCCAUCAACAGGGCCAAUGGCCUUAAAGUGAAUCUCACCACCCCUCUCCACCUAGCUGGUUGUUGUCUUUAACAGCAACAAGGAACUGAUUCACCAGUGAACCCUAAAGCUUUUCCACCAUGACUUACCUGAAGUGUUCUUUUUUCGGUGACCCACCUACCAGAGAGCCUUCUAGAGCUUAACUCCUAGUCCAGACCAAGUGAAAAUAGGCUACCAAAGGGGACACCAAGGAGGCUAUGAGUAACAUCAUGAGAACGUGGUUAGUAGGUUGUCAUGUCGAUUCGUAUCUAGGAUUCGAGAAUAUCUCUAGGAGCAGAGAGAGAAGAGGAGAAAGCGAAGAGAGAGAGAGAGAGAGAAGAGAGAGAGAGAGAGAGAGAGAGAGAGAGAGAGAGAGUAGAGAGAAAGGAGAGGUGAGAGAGAGAGCGAGCGAGAGGAGCGAGAGCGCUCUCGCGCGAGAGGAGAAGGAGCGAGAGAGAGGAGAGAGAGAGAGAGGAAAGAGAGGGAGAGUCGACGAGAGAGGUCCCAUCUCGGUGCUUUCGUCCUCGAGAGUAGAUCUAACCAUGUGUAGACUAGAGUCGCGCGUAGGACACUGCGAUAUCUAAAUAGCUCUCUAUGUAUAGAGAGACACGCUCUAGAUAACCUCGAGCUAUCGCUAGUAUUUCGAUAUCUCUCUAUCUAUAUCUCUCUCUCCGCAGGGCUGUGGUUACAGGUUGUGGUGUCGUCCAUCCGAACCAUUGGAAACAUUGUAAUCGUCACCUCCCUGCUGCAGUUCAUGUUCGCGCAUCGGAGUACAGCUUUCAAGGUAAAAAGGAGUUGAGGGAUGGAGGAGAGAUAGAGCGGGACGAAGUGAAGAGAGAGGGGCGAAGAGAGGGAACUGAACGUAGCUUAUGUGGGGUUGAUCAAAAUAUACUGUAUAUGGUUUACCAAGAUUAAAAUGGCUGCGCUUCUCUUCGCAGGGAAAGUUUUUCUCCUGCUCAGACAGCUCCAAGUCUACAGAGCCUGAAUGCAGGUGAGUUUAACAGUUCAUCUCUCAUCUCAGCCUGACCAUUUCAGGUGGAUGUGGGCUCCAUUUGGGCCAUAAUAAGUUUGCUGACUGGGUAAGGUGUGAGGACUAGGUGUCUAGGUGUUAUGAAUGUGUCUCCCUCCCAGGGGUUCAUACAUCAUGUAUAAGGACGGUGAUGUGGGGAAACCAGAGAGAUCCAUGCGCAACUGGGAGAACAGUGACUUCAACUUUGACGAUGUGCUCCAGGGGAUGAUGGCUCUGUUCGCCGUCUCCACCUUUGAAGGAUGGCCAGCGUGAGUCCAGCACCACAGCAGCGGAGUGACCACACACACACACACCACACACACACACACACCCACACAAAUCACACACAUACUACACACACACAUCACACAGCACACACACACACACACACACAGACACACCACACACACACACACACACAGCAACACCAACCAGACAACACACACACACACACCAAACACAGACACCACACACACCACACAACAAACACACACAAAAAACACACACAUACACAACACACACACCACACACACACACACACACACACAACAAUAACCAAAGUGUGCAGCCCUUUGGGUCCCCAGGACCAGGGUUAAGAAACACUGACUUAGAGAUACCAUUCCAAAAAUCUAAACAUGUAACACAAACAUACAUAGACUUUUUGUACACUCACACACACCAUGACGAAUUGGGGCGGGCUAUAGUCUAUAGGUUCUGAAGCGUGUUAUCUGUCCUCUCCAGACUCCUGUACCGGGCCAUAGACUCCCAUUCAGAGGACCUGGGCCCUGUCUACAACUACAGAGUGAUCGUCUAG